GAAGAAAAGACGUAAAGAAAGGAUUGCUUCAAGCCAUUGAUUAUUUCAUCACAUUCACAGCCACCUCUAGAAGUUGGGAGGCCAGAGAGCUUCUGAGACUUGAUGAAUCAACAGCACUUUUUACAGAGUGUCCUGUAAUGCUACUUUCUAUCAAGAUGUUGAAUCCUUUUAUCCAAACUGCUUUAUUUCUGUUGUGCCUGACGGCAGCAGAUACGGAUACUGGAGAAGAGCUCAAUGAGACUGUUAUUUGUACCAAGGAUUUGAUAGAGGUGGAAAUUCCAAGUGGCUUUUUUCUUUCAAAAAACCCUCCAAUUUUUAUUUCAGAUUUGCACCUUAAUGAUCCUGAAUGCCGUGGCAUAGAAAAAGACGACUUUUAUGUUUUCAGCAUUCAAAUCAAUUUCACAGACUGUGGAACUAUAAUGGCUUCAGAUGACUCCCAUAUCGUGUUUAUCAAUACUAUACACAGCAAUUCCUCUGACAUAGUCACAAGAUCCUAUAUCAACAUCACCUUUGCUUGCCGUUAUCCCAUUAACUACAUGGUACAACAGCCAAAUGGAGAGAGCAGAGUCAGUGUUGAUAUCAGAACUAUAACACUGGACACAGAAGAUGGAAACUUUUCAGUCUCCAUGAUGUUGUUUAAGGAUAAUGGAUUUGAGGACUUAUGGACCACAGUGCCGUCUCUGAAGCUUGAGGACAACAUAUUCGUCAGAGUUCACAUGAUUCCUGGUCAUUUGAUAAUAAGGCUUGAGAAAUGUUGGGCUACCCCUACAAAUGAUCCUUCUCAUACCAUACAGUACACAUUUAUACAAGACAGCUGUCCACAUGUAUUCCUGGAUGAAACCAUGGCUAUCAUUAUGAAUGGAGUUGGUGCUGAAGCAAGAUUUAGGAUUCAAAUGUUUAAGUUUGUUGGUCUUGCGUACAAUGAUGUCUUUCUCCACUGCACUGUACAGAUCUGCCACAACACUGAAACUAUUUGCAAACCGAAUUGUACUAACCACAGAAGAAUAGCCCGAAAUAGAAGAGAGCUGCAAGCUGCUCACACAGUUACCUACGGGCCAAUUAAACUGAAGGUAUCAGAAGAUGGAAUUGCUGCCACAAAUAAAGGAAUUUUCUUCCCAGUGGAAACAAUUAUUCUGGCCUGUGUUUUGACAGUUGUAUUAGUAGCAACUGGCAUAUUUGCCAAACUUUUCUUUAAUUCUCGAAGAUCAUACCCAACCAUGCAAGCCCAGUUAACGCUUGCCAACGUUCACCACUCGGAGGUGGCAUCAUGAUAAAAAUGUAUGUUAUAUAUAUUGUAUACAAAUUAGAAUGGACUUACUGUAUAUGGAGUCACGUAUGACAAAGUCGGGCAAAGAAGCAGAAUAAAUAAAUAUUGCCCCGACUCCUGCAACAUAUAUUUUUGCUAUUUUUUUGGAAAGAUUUGUGUGGUAUGAAUUAUAUCUCUUUAGUUCAACAUUAAUCCAAUUGACUUACAAUGUGGGUACAUAUAUGAAACUAAACUGUUACAUUCUGCUGUACAUUUUACACAUGUUUAAAUUAAUAAAUGUCAAAUGACUGAGUGAACUAUUUAAGCAUAAGCAUAGUUAUGUUUCAUAGUGUGGAUAUUUAAAAUAGGCAGUUUAUUGCAAUUUUACUCUGUUAUAUCACCUAAUCCUUUUCUUUUUACAUUCAGUUCUAAUUCAUAAUCAUACUCAGGCUGCAUCAUGUCAUUUUCUGUUACAUAAAAGAUCUUGUUUAAAUAAAGUAUAAAAUGUUAAAUGGUAAUGUGAUUUUGGGAUUUCAUGAGAUAAAAUUAAAUCCAAGGUACAGAGGUGUCACACUUACCUAUAAAGCUCUUUGAGUUUUCUGGCUCUUAGUCAACUGCCAAAUGCUGCAUUUGGUUCACCACUGCUCUUAGGUGCCUCCCAUGCUAAAUGAAAAAAAUAACACAUAGAAAGUGCCAUAUAUCUUCCUACAAAUUCAUCACAAUUGAGUACAACAGAUAUAUUCAAUUUCCUGAAUUAAACAGCGCUUCAAAGCACUUUCUGUCAUCCGUUUCUUCCCCACAGGCAAGAAUGCGGUGCGUCUCUGUUUCUCUUUUAUCCACAG